AUGUCCGCCCCCAUCUCUGCCAGGCACCACACUGCCACGGCCAGCUCUGGAAGGUCGUCGAGGGGUCGAGGCACACAGAUGCAAGAUUUCACCAUGUCACCCCAAAAUAUUCAGCGGUUUUUCGAGCCAUGCGCCGCUACAGCCUCCAUGUUUCUUUAUGCGCAAGGGUCUUCAGUCGUAUGCGCCCACCAUGAUACCCUCACGAUUGAGAGGAGGUUUUCUCGGCAUUCAGACGAAGUUCAGUUGCUCGCCGUGGAUAACCAAAGUGAAAUGGGCGCUGGACGACUGGUUGUGAGUUAUGAUGCCGGACAGACAGCCAUUGUCUGGGACCUCAUGACCGGCGACGAAGUAGCUCGAUUUGCCUCGUAUGAGCACUUGACCACAGCCGCUUGGAUGCGUAACGGCAAUGUUGCGUUCGGCAAUACCCAAGGCAACAUCAUCCUAUUCGAACCCACAACAUCAGAGCAUAUCUCUGCGAGAACCAUCGAUCAGAUUGCUGUCACUUCUCUAGCUCCAGCGGCUGAUUGCAGGACAUUUGCUAUUGGCUACCAAAACGGCUCGCUGUUGAUAGCCACUCUCCAGCCACGAUUCACAAUUCUUCACAAUCUUACCACCUCAAGAGCGCCUUCGCCCAUUGUCACCUUGAACUGGCACGCUUCUUCAUCCCGGCAAAAGUCGGACAUGCUGGCUGUCCAGACCCAUGACGGUGAUCUUCGGGUCUGGAGCGUCUCAAAGUCGUACAAUAGUGACGACCCAGCCAAGGUGGUCAGGAUAUUGAGGCGAACUGAAAACCAAAUCACCGGUCCCAACUGGAUGGCGUGGUCAAAAAACGGUCGCAUCAUCCAAUACUCGGACUCGGAGACUUCCUCAUGGGAUGUCAGGACAAAACACGUCACUUAUGAUAGAAUCCCCACCCUGGAUAUUGUACGGGGCCUUGCUGUCUAUGGUCCUGGCGCAAGCCUCUUUACUCUCGGCGCAAACAACACGGUGCAACAGUUUGACCUUAACGUCCCGUCGAUCAUUGUCGCCAAUGUCCAGCACCCGGCCAACCUAUUGCCGCCGUCGCCACCUGUGUCUAUUGAGGAACAGGCUGACCAGUCGGCUCGAAGCGCUACCACGAUUGCCACGGACUCGGACGCCACGUCGGCAUCUAUCGAGGGGGUCUCAGAGAGUGAUGAUGACCACCUUUCGCCGUUCGGCCGCAUAGUCCGCCAGAGCGUAGCCGAGCCCGCCCCCUCCAAUGCCGCCGACCGCUACGACACUGCCAGCCCUGUCUCAAGCCGCAGCGGACUCUCGUCUCUCUCAAGAUCGUCUGCGGGCUCUGCAACACCCGGUAGAUACCCAUCUUCAGUACUGUCUCGUCCCCUAACCGAGAACACUUACAUUUCGUCUGGUGCCUCAUCUCUCCGCUCUUCACAGGCUCCCGUCUACAGGGAACGGGAAAGAGACGUUUACUCGACCAGUAGCUUGAGUGGCACGUCACUGUCUUCGACUAGGUCUCGCAGAAAGCCGUCGCGUCUGCGCCACGAAGUUUUGCGGAGCCCAGAAGACUCCAAGGUUCACGAUCUCUUCCAGUAUACUCGCAGCCGCCUGAGCGACAUUCCUUACAAAAAUGUGGCUGCCGAGUCUAGUCGCCUGACGAACGAUGACCUGCGUCGCCAGAUGCUUAGCACCAUCUUCGGCUGGCAGAGGGAGAUGGAUGAUCUAGUCCGCGAUGAGCUGAGUCGGCACCCCGCCGGCUCGGCCAGCCGGAUCCUCCUGUCCAAAUGGCUAGGCGACAUUGACCCUGACAUCUUGGCCGCCAACUCCGAAAACAUGACCUCGUCUGACUGGAUGCUUUUGGCGCUGAGCGGUAUUGCGGGCAAAGGCACGCAACAGGCUCAACAUAAGCUCGGCCUGGCUUACGUCCAGCGACUGCUCGAGACGGGCGAUAUUCAUGCUGCCGCCACCAUUCUCAUUGGCAUGGGUGAUCACAAUGAUGCCAUUGAGAUCUAUGUCUCGCAUAAGCGCUACAUGGAAGCUUUGAUUCUGAUGUGCUUGUUCUACCCGGCAGUCUGGGAGCGCCAAGCAGCUCUAAUCAAAAAGUGGGGAGAAUGGGCUGUGAUGCACGGGCAAACUCAGCUCGCAGUGAGAUGCUUUGCCUGCACUGGCCAGGAGUCUUCAGAACCAUGGACCUCACCCUCGGCUGCCCAGGUCAACUUCCAAAGCAUCAAUGCCGCGGUGAACCCGAGCAUCCCAGAGAUUCUCUCGCCCCCGCUCUCGCCCCCUGGGAUCACCCGCGGACCGCAGCGUAGCAUUGCGAAAACAUCAGCCCUCAAACUCAUCACAUCGUUCGGCGACCAGGGGGGAGCCAAGUCGAAGUUCUUCUCGCAGCAAGACGGCGGACAGACUCCCAUCGCUGCUGGCGUGACCCCUAUUGCCGAGUCAGCUGUUUCCCCUGGAGGCUUUGAUCGCGCCGCGACCGCUAGCCCAAUGAUGAUGCGUGAUUACCCGAACCCACCGCGAAGGAUGCGAACUAGAGAUCAGCCACCGCCAUCUCCAGACGCUCUUGUGACCGUCAAGAUGGAAGGCAACGUGAAUCGACGAAACGGUUCUCGCGACCGCAUCCCCAAAGGUAUUCAGCUGCAGCUGCAGCCCAUGGAGAACCCGAUGAUCGGAGAAGUCACGUCCCCUGACCAAUCGGUAACAUCAUCGACUCGGUUCCACUGGCCAUCGCGGCGCCGUGGCCCAGGCUCUGUGGCAAGCUCCAUCACGUCUCAGUCUAGCACUGGCAGGAGCCACCGCAGCAACACUACUGGUGCUACCCGCCAGGAUUACAUCCACAGCCUCGACACUGCUCAGUUGUAUGGCAAGAAGCAGCCUAGCCGCCACAGCAGCCGCGAAGGCCGUCAAGAGUCUCGCGGACGAGGCGAGCGUGAUAGCAGCCGCUCGCGUACUCGUAAGGGCGCAUCGCGGGAACGCUCUGGGGAUCGCGGCCGAUCCGCGAGCCGCAAAUGGCCUAAGGCCAAGCGGUCACCAACAUCACCUAUUCCAAUGUCGCCUGAGGAUCUCAUCAACCUGAGCACCCCCAAGAUGCUAGACAGGAUGGGCGAAGAUCCCGUCACCGCAAGAAAGAGCAGCAAAUCCCGGCAGAGCAGUCGCAGCCGGCAACCGAAGAGCAGGACUUCCAGUCGCGGCAGCCAAACCCGUCGCACGAGUCCAGAGGCUCGUCAACGACCUCCUGCGCUGGAGCUGCGAGGUCGCAGCAAGGGCCGUGAAGGUUCUGCAAUUAGGUCGCCGUCCUCACCCGUUCCCAUGUCUGCGGGGGCCAUUCAUUACCAUGGCUCUGAGGAUGAAGAAGAUUACCGGAAGGCCGUUGAGUCGCAGGAAAAGUUCCGCCUGCGCCAUAACCGUAGCGCCAGUCAGAUUGAACCUAGAUCUCCAGACCUUGCUAGGCAAGAGCCAUCCGAGAGUCGCCGCCGCCCUGCGACGGCGUCACCCGAGCACCCCAAGCAGACUGUCAUGGUCCGGGCCGCGCCUUCCACUGAGCACGCUGGCGACCUCAAGGCGAUGAAGGACGAGAGGCAGCGCAAAAAGGAACAGGCCGCCCGUGAGCUCGAGGAGCGCCGCAAGUCGCUCGCGAAGCGGCCGUUGGCGCCUCUGAUCCCCCAUCCCAACGACAUCUCUCCGGCUCUGUCGCAAAUCGUCGAAGCUCCUUCCUCGACUCAGACGGAAAGUUCUCCGCGUUCCAAGACGGCCGACCCCACUCGAAGCAUGUAUGCCCGCAGCAGUCAGAGUGUGCACAUUGGCCUCCCAGCAACUCCAAAAGCCAUGCGUCUCAUCAUCGGCUCUGAAAAGGCAACGCCGCCUGAAAUGCCGCCCAUUCCGGCGACAUUCGCUCAGCGACACUCGCCUACCGCGUCACCAAGUGAGCCGUACGCCAAGGUAGAGUCUGCACAGCCGGAGGCAGAGCCGCUCACUCUCCUGCCGUCGACGGUCUACCAGCCUCCCACCAGGCCAAUGAUUCCCCGCAGUAUGUCAGCACCCAUCCCAGAUGAGCCUUUGGGUCGACGCAGGUCAGAUAUGCCACCGCCGGCUGGCAAAAGCCAUGGACGAACGCACUCCCGAGGCCACUCGAUGCUGAAGGGAUCCACUGGCGAAAUUCGGGGCAUUGACGAGAUGCUGGGCGAUAGAAGCAUGAACGAGUAUCGCAGGGCAUCCCACGAUGACAAUAUGCCGCCACCGCCACCACCACCCCCCAUGCUCAAAGAGCUACAACACCUGGCAAUGCCUCCCCCGCCACCCCCGGCACCGUUGCCGCACUUUAUGCAACCCGGCGCUGGAGCACUUGGAACGGGUAUGAUUGAGAUCGUUGUGGACGACGACGAGCAGCAGGCGCCUGUGGCCACGCUUGUGGACACAUGCGUUCCUGUUCUGGCAGCGCCUCCGGUGCCUUCGGGCAAGGGGCACCACUCUCGCGGACGCAGCUUCACGGAGCGUGAAAGAGAGUCCCGAGACAAGGACAGCAGCAUUUCGACGCGGUUCACAAAGGCGACGGAGCGAUUCCGGUCGGCAAGCCGUCCGCGAAAAGACUCGAGCAUGGUGCGCAUCCGGUCACCUGGACUCGACGGUGGUCAGACAAUCGCUCCGUACGAGAGCGUGCCGAUGCCUGGAGGGUACGGCCAACAUGACCUGCUACGGUCCCCCAUCAUUUCCGACCAGCAGGGUCUACCGACUGGGCUACACGAAAGCGAGAUGAUCUGA